GGAGGGGCGGGGUGAGAAGGCUGCGCGCGGGUAAAGGGGCCGCCUCGAGCGCGGUCCGAGCGUUCAGCGGACGCGCGCGGCCUCGAUCUCUGGACUCGUCACCUGCCCCUCCCCCUCCCGCCGCCGUCACCCAGGAAACCGGCCGCAAUCGCCGGCCGACCUGAAGCUGGUUUCAUGGCAGCCUCAAAGAAGGCAGUUUUGGGGCCAUUGGUGGGGGCGGUGGACCAGGGCACCAGUUCGACGCGCUUUUUGGUUUUCAAUUCAAAAACAGCUGAACUACUUAGUCAUCAUCAAGUAGAAAUAAAACAAGAGUUCCCAAGAGAAGGAUGGGUGGAACAGGACCCUAAGGAAAUUCUACAUUCUGUCUAUGAGUGUAUAGAGAAAACAUGUGAGAAACUUGGACAGCUCAAUAUUGAUAUUUCCAACAUAAAAGCUAUUGGUGUCAGCAACCAGAGGGAAACCACUGUAGUCUGGGACAAGAUAACUGGAGAGCCUCUCUACAAUGCUGUGGCUGCUCCAGUUUCUCCUGGCCCUUCAGUUCCAGUUGCCGUUGUUCCCUCUGGCUCUUCAGUUCCAGCUCCUGGUACUUCCUCAGUGUGGCUUGAUCUAAGAACCCAGUCUACCGUUGAGAGUCUUAGUAAAAGAAUUCCAGGAAAUAAUAACUUUGUCAAGUCCAAGACAGGCCUUCCACUUAGCACUUACUUCAGUGCAGUGAAACUUCGUUGGCUCCUUGACAAUGUGAGAAAAGUUCAAAAGGCCGUUGAAGAAAAACGAGCUCUUUUUGGGACUAUUGAUUCAUGGCUUAUUUGGAGUUUGACAGGAGGAGUCAAUGGAGGUGUCCACUGUACAGAUGUAACAAAUGCAAGUAGGACUAUGCUUUUCAACAUUCAUUCUUUGGAAUGGGAUAAACAACUCUGCGAAUUUUUUGGAAUUCCAAUGGAAAUUCUUCCAAAUGUCCGGAGUUCUUCUGAGAUCUAUGGCCUAAUGAAAGCUGGGGCCUUGGAAGGUGUGCCAAUAUCUGGGUGUUUAGGGGACCAGUCUGCUGCAUUGGUGGGACAAAUGUGCUUCCAGAUUGGACAAGCCAAAAAUACGUAUGGAACAGGAUGUUUCUUACUAUGUAAUACAGGCCAUAAGUGUGUAUUUUCUGAUCAUGGCCUUCUCACCACAGUGGCUUACAAACUUGGCAGAGACAAACCAGUAUAUUAUGCUUUGGAAGGUUCUGUAGCUAUAGCUGGUGCUGUUAUUCGCUGGCUAAGAGACAAUCUUGGAAUUAUAAAGACCUCAGAAGAAAUUGAAAAACUUGCUAAAGAAGUAGGUACCUCUUAUGGCUGCUACUUCGUCCCAGCAUUUUCGGGGUUAUAUGCACCUUAUUGGGAGCCCAGCGCAAGAGGGAUAAUCUGUGGACUCACUCAGUUCACCAAUAAAUGCCAUAUUGCUUUUGCUGCAUUAGAAGCUGUUUGUUUCCAAACUCGAGAGAUUUUGGAUGCCAUGAAUCGAGACUGUGGAAUUCCACUCAGUCAUUUGCAGGUAGAUGGAGGAAUGACCAGCAACAAAAUUCUUAUGCAGCUACAAGCAGACAUUCUGUAUAUACCAGUAGUGAAGCCCUCAAUGCCCGAAACCACUGCACUGGGUGCUGCUAUGGCGGCAGGGGCUGCAGAAGGAGUCGGCGUAUGGAGUCUCGAACCCGAGGAUUUGUCUGCCGUCACGAUGGAGCGGUUUGAACCUCAGAUUAAUGCUGAGGAAAGUGAAAUUCGUUAUUCUACAUGGAAGAAAGCUGUGAUGAAGUCGAUGGGUUGGGUUACAACUCAAUCUCCAGAAAGUGGUGACCCUAGUAUCUUCUGUAGUCUGCCCUUGGGCUUUUUUAUAGUGAGUAGCAUGGUAAUGUUAAUCGGAGCAAGGUACAUCUCAGGUAUUCCAUAAAACCUACCAACUCAUGGAUUCCCAAGAUGUGAGCUUUUUACAUAAUGAAAGAACCCAGCAAUUCUGUCUCUUAAUGCAAUGACACUAUUCAUAGACUUUGAUUUUAUUUAUAAGCCACUUGCUGCAUGACCCUCCAAGUAGACCUGUGGCUUAAAAUAAAGAAAAUGCAGCAAAAAGAAUGCUAUAGAAAUAUUUGGUGGUUUUUUUUUUUUUAAACAUCCACAGUUAAGGUUGGGCCAGCUACCUUUGGGGCUGACCCCCUCCAUUGCCAUAACAUCCUGCUCCAUUCCCUCUAAGAUGUAGGAAGAAUUCGGAUCCUUACCAUUGGAAUCUUCCAUCGAACAUACUCAAACACUAUUGGACCAGGAUUUGAGUCUCUGCAUGACAUAUACUUGAUUAAAAGGUUAUUACUAACCUGUUAAAAAUCAGCAGCUCUUUGCUUUUAACAGACACCCUAAAAGUCUUCUUUUCUACAUAGUUGAAGACAGCAACAUCUUCACUGAAUGUUUGAAUAGAAACCUCUACUAAAUUAUUAAAAUAGACAUUUAGUGUUCUCACAGCUUGGAUAUUUUUCUGAAAAGUUAUUUGCCAAAACUGAAAUCCUUCAGAUGUUUUCCAUGGUCCCACUAAUUAUAAUGACUUUCUGUCUGGAUCUUAUAGGAAAGGAUACUUUCUUUUUUCUUCCAUCUUUCCUUUUUAUAUUUUUUACUUUGUAUGUAUAACAUACAUGCCUAUAUAUUUUAUACACUGAGGGUAGCCCAUUUAUAAAUUAAGAGCACAUUAUAUUCAGAAGGUUCUAACAGGGCUGGUCUUAAGUGAACCACUGUGUAUAUAAAUAUGUUGGAAAACAGCUGUAUACAUUUUUGGGCAACGGUUAUGCAUAAUAUUUACCAGGAGAAUUUUUUUCUUAACAAGCCAACAUUUAAAAUUUAUGUUUUAUGUCAAUAAAAGAAAAUACACUUUAUUGUGACUUCAACUAUAUUUCUUAUCCCUUACAUUUUUAUUUAAUUGUCUUAGCUUAAAAAAAGAAGAAACUGUGGAAUACUACAGUAAAUAUUGUUUUCAAACACAAGCAAUAAUUCAAAUAGUUAUUUUUCUUUUGAAUUAAUUUUAGACAUAUUUUGGAUCCUAUUGAGGGGAUAAGAGGAUGUCAAAAAAGUUAAAUACCUAAGUAGAAAAAAAUAUAGAAAUAAAGCCAAGAAUCUCUUUCAGUUCAAAUGUUAUCAAUUGUUAAUAAGAAAUUGCUAUCUGGGAUGACAGAAUUACCUCUGCUUAGUAUCUUAUUAUAACUGAAAGAAGGUUUAUCAUUACAAAUACCUUCCAAUGAAACCAAGAAUUUCUCAAAAUAUUUAAUGUCACAUAUUAUAAGAAGUUACCUAAUCCUGCUUCUUAAUGUCAAUUUUUAAAAAUAUCUUAAAAUUACUUUGUUUUGUAGUAAACAGUGAAGAAAAGAUUGCCUCCUAAUUAUUUUUUUCAAUGAGUGCUGAAUGGGAAAACAUUUAUAUCUUACUAUAAAAGGUUCUGUUUUGUUUGGAAUCAAUGGUAGCUUUAUUGACUGUUCUGAUUGUGCUGUUUCUAAUUUAUUGAAUCUGCUAGGUUUUAUUGAUGCAGCCACCACUUAAGUGACAUAAAUAUUAUAGAAAGGUACUGUGAAAUGAUCACUUUGUGGCAGGGGUACUUUUAAACAUAAAUGUUUCUACAAAAGUAGGUUGAGUUCAUUGUAAAUAAUUGUGAAAGCCACUGUUCAAAUAAUUUUAAGAUUACAUUAAUUUUUCUAUAAAUUGGAAGAUUUAUAAAUGUUUGAAAUUGUACACAUUGAUAUUUAAUGACAAAUUUACUUAAAAUAAAUUGACCCCUUGUUCUUA